AUGAAAUUUGCUAGAAAAGCAUGGUACUUAGUCAGUGACGUUACUGUCAAAAACUGUUUCAAGAAAGCUGGGUUUUGGAAAAGUACAGAUGAGCAAGACCUGCCAGAGGAAAAUAAUGUUGAAGUUGGACCUAGCAACGAGGAAUGGACUAAGCUUGUGUCUCACGAAUCCAAUAUGUUAAUGCCGAGCUUCAAAGAUUUCGUUCAAAUUGACGACGACGUAACUACCGCUGGAGAACAAACCGACGACGAUAUCGUUAAUAAUUGUGUGAACACCUGUAUUUCUGGAAAUGACAGUGAAGACGAGGCACAGAUUCCGGAAACAGAAAUAAAGAUCAUUCCAAUGAAGCUAGCUUUAAAUGCGUUGGAGACGGUCCAUCAGUACUUUGAAUACGCGGCGGUUGUUGAUCAAGCAAUAUUCGAUAAAAUUUAUGAGCUAGAGAAAAACAUUCAAAAUACUAAAACAGACCCAAACGAAAUUGAUGGAUUUUUU